CUUCGGCGUGCAGAGCCGGCCGCGCAGGCGCAGCGCGGCCGGGCGGAGCUGUGGGAGGGGAGUAGGUCCGGGGGCCGGUCCCUGAAGAUGGCGGAGGCGGGGAUGGACUGGGGGGCUCCCCGCAGCGCGCAGGAUUGAUGAGGAAAUUCUUGGAGAAGGACCAUAGUCUUGACAGUUGGGCCACUGAAGCUGACCAGCAUUGACAUCGCAGGGGAGCUGACCAUGGCAAUGAAAGACAUGCUCCAGUUCUGGGGUUUCUGGUAGGUCCCACAUUCAGGCAAGAUGUGGUACCAUUGAGAUACUGGCCUGCUUCAAUUCACAGUUCACCGUUUCCACUGGGAAGCAUUAUUUUAUUUUCGGCUUAGGCCUACUGAACUUAUGAAACCAUGGCAGAAGGAGAGACGGAAUCACCUCGGCCUAAAAAGUGUGGGCCAUACAUUUCCUCUGUCACCAGCCAGAGUGUGAAUGUGCUGAUCCGAGGGGUGGUACUCUUCUUCAUUGGAGUAUUCCUCGCACUAGUGUUGAACUUGCUUCAGAUUCAGAGAAACGUGACACUCUUUCCACCUGAUGUGAUCACAAGCAUCUUUUCAUCUGCGUGGUGGGUACCACCAUGCUGCGGCACAGCCUCAGCUGUGAUUGGGUUACUGUACCCCUGCAUUGACAGGCACCUAGGAGAACCACAUAAAUUUAAGAGAGAGUGGUCCAGUGUUAUGCGCUGUGUGGCGGUGUUCGUGGGGAUAAAUCAUGCCAGUGCUAAAGUAGACUUUGACAACAACUUCCAGUUUUCCCUCACCCUGGCUGCACUGUCAGUAGGACUGUGGUGGACUUUUGACAGAUCUAGAAGUGGUUUUGGCCUUGGCGUUGGAAUCGCUUUCUUAGCAACUGUUGUCACCCAACUAUUAGUCUACAAUGGUGUUUAUCAAUACACGUCUCCAGACUUUCUCUACGUCCGUUCUUGGUUGCCAUGUAUAUUUUUUGCUGGAGGCAUAACAAUGGGGAACAUUGGUCGUCAACUAGCAAUGUAUGAAUGUAAAGUUAUUGCUGAAAAAUCUCAUCAAGAAUGAAGAAGACAAAAGUCUGUCUUUUCUAAGAAAGCCAUGGGAAGGUGGCAUGUAUAUGAUAGGUGCACCAAUGGAACUUUGGACUAAAAUUGUGAGGAUGCAGUUUUUUUCUUGAUUGGUGUGUGUGUGUGUGUGUGUGUGUGUGUGUGUGUGUGUGUGACACACAUGUUUCUGCAGUCUGUGAUUGCUUUUGUAAAUCAGUUACCAGCCUUUCGGUAUUUGAUUUCAAUAAAUGUAAGAUAUCUGUGCGCUACGUGAAAUUUCUAAAUUUUGUAAACAUACCAUGCAUUGUAUCACAGUGUUGAUGUGCCAAACUAUGUUGCUACUGUCACAGAGAAUAAGAAUGCUUUGAACAAUUUAGAAAUUUAGUGAAACGAAGAAGAAAGCCAAACAGAAAGCAAAUGGGCAGCUGGUCUUUUGCUCUCACUGGCUGUAGUGGUUUUCCUGUUUCUAACCAGCUGUGUGCGAUACAAGCGCCUCACGUAUUGUCUCUGUUGCUGCUGUUUCAGAGUUUGAAUCUUACUGUAUCAUAACAGUGAACCUCCAUAGAAUGAUGUUGAAAGCCUGAAUCACUGUAGGGUCCAAAGAAUACUUUCCAUGUUUUACAGAGGUACCUGUGGUGGGCAGGGGAGGUUAUCAGUACUAACAUGCUUGGAGUCUACAUUUGUAAAAGUAUAAAUGACUAAAACUAAAGAAUUUGAGUAGAUAAAUGUUUGGGAAAUACUGCGUGGCUUUCUCUCUACCACAGAAACCAAAGUGAUAAUAGCUAUUUUUCUUUUUUUCCUUUGCAACUGAAGCUCCCUGCUUCGGCACAUCCCUAUUCGGAUGAAUAGGGAACACAGGGCAAAUCAAGGGGAUGGUCCUAACCUAUUGGGUUCUAGAAAGGAGGCCGUGCUGGUGGGCCAGGCCAUGUGACCGAGUAGCACUAGCAGGCCUGAGUUGGUUGCCUUCUCAAGUGCAAUCUGAGGAUGGUGGGAUGCAUGGCUGUGCUGAUGUCUGCCGCUGAGUGCUUCCUUCUCAGUGUAUUGAGAUCGCACGUCACAGAGCUUCCUGGCACAGCUCAUUAACAAGUCCUGCCACUUAUGUGGAUCAGCUGGCUUUCCACUCACUUUUUCUUUCUGAAAUUGUUAAUUAUCUGGCACACAGUGGUAAAUCCUUCUGAAUACUGUGGUGUGUGCGUGCUUAUGUAUUGAGUGAAAGAAAACAUAUAUGUGUGUCUGUGUGUGCAUGUGCCCAUGCCUUCCUACAGUGUCAAGUAGAUACUUUAUUUUCCUUUUCAAGCAAUGCUGUCAGACUGAGGUCUUGUAUGUCAGAGUAUAAUGUGCUUUGUGUUCUCAGGAGAAGACUAUGAGCAUCCCAGGAGUGCUCCAUAUGGAAUAUGUGUGCACAAGCCUAAGGAUAGUAGUGGUGAACACACUACUAUAAUUUAUUAUUCUGUCUUUCAGAUGUUAUUCAUUUAGAACAAAUAAGGUAUAUUUUUAGAAUCAAAUUUGUAAACUAUAAAAUCUUUAAUAAGUUAUAAGGUCUAUGAUAUGUUUACUUUGAAAUUGCUGUUGAAAGCAAGAUGUAUUAAAUAUGUAAUUAUCA